AGUAUUACCCCUUGACUACGGUGUUCAAUUUCUUAAAUGUGCAAUUUGGGGUGUCUUUCUCUUUUCAACUGUUUGGACGCUUAUUUAUUUUACAGGUGUUUGGUAGCCCCAAUACUGAAGAGCCAGAAAACCAAAACAUGCACUUGGACUUUCUGAAGCAUCAUAUAGGAGCCACAGCUCCAGAAAAUCCAGAAGUAGAGGCCCUUCGCCUGGAAGUGGCAGAGAUGAAAGAAAAAUAUGAAGCUGUGUUGGAAGAAAACAAAAAACUAAAAGCAAAGCUAUCUCAGUAUGAACCACCUCCAGAAGAGAAGCGUGGUGAAUAGGAAUGCUUUCACCUUUUGGUUACUUAACUGAAUAAAGGGCUUCAUCAGAAGUUUA